UUUUUUUUUUUUUUUAUAUCACUAUCAUUGAUCUAUCUGUACCAUAAUUAUGUUUAUCUAUCUUGUUGUAGCGGUUAUCAUUAUAGCUGUGGUGAUUCUUCUCCCUUAUUCCACUGGUUUAACCAGUUUUGAAAAAAAUAAACGGACCAAGAAAUCCGGACAUUCUUCAAAUGGCUCGGCUACUUCGGGUCAAGAACAAAUUUAUGGUGGAUACGUUCCUCCAGAUGAAGCCAAUGCCUUGUAUAACCAAGAACAUACCUCCACUUCGUUGCGUGACCGUGCUGCAGCCCUCAAGGAGAGAAUCAAUGUCACUUCUGAUGAUAUCCCAGUCCGUAUAAGACUUCUGGAUUCUCAAGCAGGGUUACGUAAGCGUGGUACAAAGGAGAAAUUAGAUACCGAUAUCAACCCCAACAAUUAUGAUUAUGAUUUAGAUGAACUUAUUGAAGAGGAACAAAAUAAGGCUCAAGAAGAACAAAGAAAAGAGUUUUAUAAGAAGGAGUCGGUUUUAGGUGGUGACAAGGAGACUAUGGUAUAGAGUAAUGAUAAUAAUAGAGAAAAUAGUAAAUAGUAUAACAAUAAUUCACACA